AUGGCAUUGGAGCCUACAGGUGGGGUAGUAGGCGUUGACGGAAAACGCGUUGUGGAUUUACUGCUAAAUGAUCUCCGCACUUUAUCUACAGAAGCAAAGAAGAAAUAUAACUCUGUCAAAGAGGCUGCGGAAUCGGCGCUCGUCAAAGUUCGGAACAUCUCAUCCAACUCUACAGAAAGCACUCUUCUUCAAAAUCUUCGAGCCGCAAGCUCCGAAUUGUUGAAUCCUUUACUUACGGGAUGUUCGACGAAAAAUGUUCGCUUGGUUCAAAUUUCACUUCAAGCUAUACAGAAACUGGUCGAGUAUAGAGUCCUUGAAACGUCAUCUGCAGCAGCUGUCGUAUCCGAACUAUGGAGUCUCCUUGAAAAUGGAUGUGAAGAGCUGCGAUUACUGCAAACAUUGACUCCUUUCGUUUGCACGGAUCUUUUAGUUACCGGACCGAAUCUGGCCAGAUGUCUCGUGAUCUGUUUUCGAUUGAAUUUCUCAAAAGAUCCCAUUGUGAUCAAUACGGCUUCGGCAACUGUCCGCAAUCUUGUCGGCAGUGUGUUCUUGCGGGUUCAACAAGAAGAUGGGAUGCGCUCUGGAGAACUGGCGAUAGCACCACCAAGUAUCCCGAGAAACACGAAAGCUCCACCGCCAACCCUCCGGCCGUGUGCCGCUGAUGCCUACAUGCUAUUCAGAGAUCUUUGUUUACUUGUGAACAUGGAGCAACCACUUUGGCUUACGGGUAUCGAUGCAAUCAGUCGACCACUUGGAUUGGAACUAAUCGAGUCGUUGAUCGGUCAAUAUCCAUCGGUUUUUUUUAAGCACACCGAAUUCGCUGCACUCUUGAAAGAAGAUGUCUGCCCGCUUGUGAUCAAACUAUUCUCGCCUAACGUGAAAAGUUUUCAGGCUUCCUACCAAGGGUCUUCAGCCAAUACAACCGUUUCAAAUUCGCCUCUUCGACCUUCAUUUCCCGUUGCGAUGCGGUUAAUACGGAUAUUGGUUUAUCUGAUCGGUCUCUAUCAUGAACUCUUGGCUACGGAAUGUGAGAUUUUUGUCUCAUUGCUCUUGAAAUUCUUGGAGUCCGACAAGAUGGGAUGGCAACGAGCAUUGUCGUUGGAAGCAUUGCAUCGUCUUCUCUCACAAAGCAACUUUUUGAUAUGGCUGGUUCGGCAUUUUGAUAUGAAGGGCUCGACUGUGAAAGUUUGUGAGAAUGCCUUCAAGGGAGUGGCCUCAUACGUUGCUUCAGCUUUCACUAGAAAUCAUUAUAGCUCAAAUAACGGUGAUGCGUUAAAAGAGGAACCGGGUGCAACUGGAGCUGCUGGAUUUGGGUUCAGAAUUGGUGGAUCGGGCUUGAUUCCGUUGGUGGAGAUAACUUCAAAAAGGGGUUACUUCUUGGAAAGUUUGGAUAAGCACGAAGCACCGCCGGUUGCUGAUGGUUACUGUCUUUCACGGGCAACCGCAUUACUCGCUGACUCCACACAAACUUUGUUUGCAGCUAUUGAUCUCAUUCAGCAGGAGGGGAUAAGUGAUCAAAAUGGUUCUUCCUCAACAGCUAAUGGGCAUCAUAGCGAAGAAGUGGUGAAACCAAAAGAUGGAUCCGAGAAAGCGCUGUUCACUUCAUGCUAUUCGAGUUUACUUUCCUCAGUGGGCUUGCUCCUGGAAGCCAGCAAUGACGAGUCUACAUCCGACUCAAUGUUGAAUUGUCUAUCGACUCUUUCAAUGAUCGCUUGCAAAUUGAAGGAUGCAACGGCUCGUGAGGCUUGUUUGUAUGCGUUUUGUUGUUCGGCACUUCCCGGAAAGAAUUACUUGCAGAAGUUUCUGGGAAUUCCCUCCCCUGCAUCACUAAACACCACUUUUGCCGCAUUAUUGCUUUUUUCUUCUGAUGACAAAAAUGACGACUCUGAUUACGGGGUGCAACAAGUUGUGGCAACAGGGGUUCCAUGCCCUUCACUGCAUUUGCCUUCGCCCAACGUGCAAGUGAUGGUUACUUCCAAGAACAUGCAAUGCCUCCGACUGCUUCUCGGCUGCGCAUCGGCUGUAGCUGGUGACAUCGGAACAGCGUGGUCUUUGCUACUAGUGACACUACAACACACACUAUGGCUUCUAGCUAUGCGUCCAUAUGUCAAUGGCCUUUACGUUAAGUCUUCGAGUGAUCAAGAAUUGACAACGGGAGGACCUUCAACGAGUACCGUGACGACUGCAGCCCGUUCCGACAUUCCGAUUGUGGCUUCAAUGGUGGACAAGGUCUUCGACGAGGUCAAGAACGGUGAUGAAGUCGCUUUACAUCAUUUGAUUUCGGCUCUCGCAAAACAAUCUCUGGACUCGCUCGCUUUACCACAUGGCGCUCGUGAAGCUGCAUUGUUUCCGUUGGCAAAGUUGCUACAAACUGGAGCUGUAAAUCUGUACCGGAUGAGCACGUAUUGGCAACCACUCACACACCAUAUAAUUGAGGUUUGCAAUCACAACAAUAACAAUGUACGAGAAUGGGCCGUAAUUGGGCUAACAAAUUUGAUUCGUGUCGCGUUGCAAUCGAAGUCAGAUCUACAACAAAAAGAUAAAGAACGUUUGGUAUUGGGUUCACUCGUCUCUCUUUCAAUAAAUCCAUAUGCAGACGUUCGCUCAAAACAGAUCGAAUGUUUGGUCACUGUUCUUCACAACCAUGGCUCUCAAUUGAAUUCCAGUAUGUGGAAAGAAAUAAUUUCGAUUAUUGCCGAUAUUGUUGAUCCUCAGUUCAAAUUUGGAGAACAAUUGAUCAAAGAUGGUUUUGACGCACUUCAUCUUGUCACAUCAGAUUUCCUGCAACAGUUACCUUGGGAUUGUAUGGAGCAAUUGGUUGAAGCUGUUAAACGCUACGGAGUUCAGACGGCUGAGCAAAACAAAGCCCUUUCUGCGAUCUCUCAAUUGUGGACUAUUUCUGAUUUCGUAUUUCGUCGAAGUGAUAUAAUGGGAGCGGAUGCAGCUGAAAAAGUGUGGCUAGUUGUCUACGUUUGUUUAUCCGAACUUUGCGUUGAUGCAAGAUCAGCUGUGAGAAAAAGUGGAGUAUCCACUCUUUUACAAACAAUUGCUGCUCACGGACAUGCUUUGAGACCAAAUACUUGGGGUCAUAUGAUUUGGCAGAUAAUCUUACCACUCAUGGAUAAAGUACGAGCUCAAUGGAGAAGUGCUUCUACGGAAAAGAUCGAUGGUGCUGAGAAAAUGUUGUUGCAUCACUCAAGAGACACCGAAUCAAAACAAUGGACCGAGACAACGAUUGCCACUUUACAUGCAGUUUGCCGAGUUUUUACCACGCAAAGAAAUACACUUUUGCAACUUAACGAUUUUGGGAAUUGCUGGGAAAGCCUUCUCUCGUUCCUCGAAUGGGCUGCUGCCACACCAAAUGCCGAACUAUCACUAGCUGCGUUGAAAUGUUUUCAAGAGGUUCUUCUCGGCAAGAUCUCCGUGCAAACGCUCGACAUGAACACGCGGGAAAAGAGUUCAUCAAGCUUGAAAGAGCUGGUUGUUGGCGGUGAGGUUCCUCCACUACCGCAAAAACUAUGGGUUGUUUCAUGGAAGUCGUGGAUCCGAAUUGCCAACUCGUUGACGUCACCUCAACCACUACCCGAUUCUUCAAAGGAAACUAAAUAUGUACCGGGACCUUCGCAUCUUACAACGUUUCUUCACAUAUUCCCUCCACUAUUCGACAGAGUUCGUCGAGAUAUAAGUGUCGAUGAACUGGUUUAUGAAAAGUUACCAUCAAUUUUUGAGGCGAUCGCCAUGCUACCCAUUUCAUCCGCCCAAUCUCCAUUUGUUUUGCACCAAGCUGGAUCGUUAACUCCGACACAAGAAGCCAUUCUUGAAGAUGUGAAGACGAUUUACGCCGAAAUGAUCAACGCGAACUCUUCUCUUCGAUGUGCAUUACCGUCGAUCCUCAAAUUGUUACUGCGUUUUUCAUCUCUUGCUGCAAAUCCUCCACCACGACAUUCGAACAUGCAAAAAGAUUACAAGGAAUGGGUAUGUUCACAAGUAAUCCCGUUUGCUGAAUGCUCUUUACGAUUUUGUGUUGAAUGCUUUGCUGCAACAUCUCACUACAAAGAAGUCAUCGAAACGACUAGCUUAGUUGACUUUGUGAAGGUGAUGUCUGCUUGUUUGUCACUCAAAUAUGCCUGCAUCUCUUCAUCAUCAUGGCGAUUGUCAGCUUCUGCGUUGUUGAAUAUUCUUCGGAUCAAUAUGCCAAUUGUCAGACAACAUCCAUCUGCUUUCACAACACUAUGGCCAACUCUAGCCGAUGCUCUAGAGAGAUUUCUCUUCUCGCCAAAUGGUUGCGCCACAUUAAAUCCAGAUGAAAGGAAGCGAGAUGAGUUUGUCGAUUGUUCCUUCAUUGAUUUGAUACGAAUCGAAAUUCUACCAUUUUACCAAACGUUGCCGGUGGAUUUUGUGCAAAGAAUUAUCGAAAUAUUAAACAAAGGUUCGAUAUGUUCGCUUGAUCCCACGGAUGUUUUGGCUUCAGAGUCUUACACACAGCGACUCGAACUUUCCCGCUCGUGUUUUGAUGCUCUACUUUCGAUGAGCAAAGAUGAUUGCUUGGUGAACAGAGAAGAGCGUACACGAUCCCAACGAGACCCACUUGCUCAUACGGCGCUGACAAAUUUAGUUGAUCGUUGUAAACAGGUUUUGGUAUCGUUUGGACGAGAUGUACGUGGGGCCGGCGAAAUGCGAUUACCAGCUAGCCGAAUAGCCGAAACUUCUGCUUGUCUUACGGCCGUGCAUACUCUCAUUGAUCGUCUUUCUGGUCGAUCGGACGCGGUUCUUUCUCCUCUCUACACACAAUUGGUCUUACUGCAUCCAACACUUGUGGAAUUGAUCCCUUGUUCUCAUAUUGAUUCCCAGAUUGAGACCUCACUUGUGACUGCUUUGAAAGCCUACCAAACUCUUCUGCUUCUGAAAGUCGUCCCGAUUCCUCAAGGUGCCUCUCCG